GUCUGAGGACGGUGAGAGCUGUGAGGUGGAUCCCUUUGAGAAGAACACAUUGCUGAACCAUUCGCCGGCCCCACGAAUGAGAAGUAGCUAGUACACUGCGGCUUGAGGAAAGGUUGACUUUGAGAAUGAGAAAGAAAGGAACUUAAAAAUGGGACAGCCGUAACGGGUCUGGCCUGUUUUUCCUCGUGCCGUGAGCGGGAUGGCUAGUUCACAAGGCGACCCCUUGUCCCGAUCCUGAGGGAGGUGGCCUGCCAGGCUCACAGUCUGCUUGUUAGCGAUCCGAACGGAGCGGCUUUUACGUUCUCAGACUCCGUAAACAGGUUUUGUUUCGGUUGCCCCACCAACUGCUUGAAGCUUUGAUUUCAGAUGGGAUGCACAUAGUGGCUGAGGAAGAGUAAGACUACUAGGCUUGUGAUUGUUUUUAUUGAAUGUGUGUGAGCAGAAUGUUGCCGGGUGUGGGUGUGUUUGGGACUGGUCGGACGGUGCGUGCUCUGGUGCCGUUGCUCCAAAAGGAAGGCUUUCCUGUUCAAGCUGUCUGGGGCCGGACUCAGGAAGAAGCAGAGUGCUUGGCUAAUGAGCUGGACAUCCCCUUCUCUACCAGCCAGUCGGAUGAUGUCCUGUUGCAUCCAGAGGUUCACCUUGUGUGCAUACUUACACCGCCCCCAUAUACUCGCCAGAUUGCAGUGAAAGCUUUAGGGAUAGGAAAGAAUGUGAUCAGCGAGCAGGCCGCCACGUUAACAGAUGCCUGUAAGAUGGUGACAGCAGCACGGUAUUACCCUCAGUUGAUGAGCAUCAUGAGCAAUGCACUGCGCUUCCUUCCUGCUUUUGUCCUGAUGAAACGUCUUCUCGGGGAGGGUUACUGUGGGACAUUGCAGGUGUGUGAAGCACGUGUAUAUGGAGGCUCUCUGCUUAGUCAGUCAUAUGGCUGGGCAUGGGAGGAGCUGAUGGGGGGCGGUGGCCUGCACACAGUCGGUUCUUGCAUUAUUGACCUCCUGAGCCACUUAACAGGGGGCCGGGCUGUUCGUGUACAUGGAAUGCUGCGGACCUUUGUGCGUCAGGGUAGCACUGGAGGCGGGAUCCGCUCUGUGACUGCUGACGAUUAUGCUUGCUUUCAGCUACUGAUGGGUGGGGGUGUGGUCUGUAGUGUGACACUGAACUUUAACCUCCCAGGUGCUGACCUGCAUGAGGUUAUGCUGGUGGGGUCAUCUGGGAGACUAGUUGCCAGGGGGACUGAGCUGUACGGCCAACAAAAUGGCACACAUGAGGAGGAAAUUCUUUUGAGCGACAGUGGGUCCGGCGCUGGACCAUCUGUCACAGGACUGAAUGCUAUGGUGACUCAGCUCCGUCUGUCUUUCCAGGCGCAGGAAGACAGGCGCUCAUGGGCACGGCAUCCAGUUUCCAUGGCGGCUACUUUCGAGGAUGGGCUGUAUGUUCAGACGGUUGUUGAUGCUAUCAAACGGUCAAACCGCACUGGAGAGUGGGAAGCUGUGGAAGUCAGGACCCAGGAUAUAGAUCCAAACCAUAACCACAGAACCCCUCUUAACUAACGUGCUACUUUUUUUUUUUUCCUGUUUCUACCCAACAUGGCUUGCAUGCCUUUACACUGAAAAGUCUGUGGCUUUUGCCAACUGGUCUAUUUCAUUUAAACAACACAUAAAAACUGAGACUGAUUAACUUACUAUGAAGCUUAAAAUAUUUUAGGGUUAAAAACCUCUUGUUUUAUUUUGUCUAGGACUGAAGAAACACUGGAGUUAUAUUACUGGAAGCAAGACUUCUGUGUACUCUGAAUUAGUCUAAAAGUUUAACUGUGAAAAAUUCCUUUUUUAUAUUAUUUUAUUUACACAUGUUAAAGAUUAUAAAUAAAUGUUCAUAAAGGAUUUAGACAUAAUGUUUUAAUAUUGAUAAACUGUGUUUUUAGUGUGCUCAUUUUAUUUGUGAACACGAAGCCAUGCUUCGUUGAAAGGGUUUUUCACCAAUUUUCUGCAUAAUUAAAUGGUUAAGAUUUAAACAAAGUCAUUCAGAGUGGUCUCCUGUGAAAUUUGCUGAUCUAGAGAAACUUGUUCACAGCAGUGGUAAUAGGAACCAGAAUUUACUUUCUGUAAAAGGUACAUCACAAAGUUAUUGCAUGAAAUGGUUACAAAUAAGCUGCCUGAUGCCUUAGUUAUUGUUUGCAGGUACGAAACAUAAAUGUCUUUAAGCCAAAAUCACGUUAGUUUUGGGCAGUGGCUGUAUUUGUGUUGUAGAUAGUGUGACCCCUGUUUCCUGGUUCUUCUGAAUCUAAGCACUUCAGAAUAAAGUAUUUCACAUCAGACCACUCUAAAUGACUUUCUUUACAUCCCACAAAUUGAACUAUGUGUUGGUGGAAUUCCUAUUUUUAUUGAACUGAGAAGACUUCUUUAAAAACAUCUAAGAUAGAUCUGUGUACCGCUUGCUGUAAGUAAUAGUCUACUGGUGGUGUAUUAGAAGCUGACUUCUAAUAAGCUGCACAAAAGUUGCCGAAUAUAUUUGUGUUAUUUCAGGCUUUGUAUCAUUGUCUGCACUUAUUUGUGUGUAUUUAAGAUACCUAGAGAAGAUAGGCUUAGUUAACUGUUUAACUUUAUGGUUUAAUAAAUGCUUUCCUAAUUAAACUAAAUAUUUUAAUGCAUUUGUGUGUGUACACCGAAAUUAGACUAUACAGUAUGGCAGAACAAUUUGGGGCAAUAGCUCCCUUUUAGACCAGUAUUGUGACUGUUUUAAAUUAUGAUUACUUGCUAUAAAUUAGGGUCCAGUCUUGUUUUUUGGCCAAGCAAACCAUCAAAUCCACUUUUUUGGCUCUUGUUAUGUAUGCAUCAUGUGAAUGUAGAGGAGUUCAUCAAUCAAAAGCAACAGGCAGUUCAAAAGCUCCAUGUGAUUAGAUAACCUAAUCACACUAACUCUAACCUGUAGGCCAUGAUAAAAAUAAACGAAGAAUGUGGCCUGGCUGAAUCAUG